UCGCGGAUGCAGCCCCGGGCGGGCCAACUUGCAGCCCUGGCGGCCCCCGCCUGUACGCAGGUGCAGCCCGAGAGGCCGCUGCAAGUGAAAGUGGUAGGGCUCUUUAGAAGCGCCAAUUUUCAAAUCGCCAAGACAACGGCCGAGAAUCUGAAGAAGCAGCAUCCAUCCAAAUUUGAAGAUCCUAUAAUAGUUCCUCUCCAAGAAUUUGCAUGGGAUCAAUAUUUACAGGAGAGAAAAAGGGAACUAAAGAGCGAAGUCUGGGCAUAUUAUUCCCAUGUUAUGUGUUUUGUUAAUGACAAGCUCCUGGGUGAUGCUAGUGAGCUCCAGAAAUGGGCCCAUAAGGUGUGGAAUAUACUUGAAUUUAAGGCCCCUGCACUUUAUGAAGCACUCACCAUGGAUUUUUCUGCUAAAUUCUUAAGAGAAACCAAGCAUAAGUUUGUGUACUUGGACAUUUCUAUUGAUUUUAAUCCAGUAGGAAGAUUGAUUUUUGAGCUUUUCAGUGAUGCGUGUCCCAAAACAUGUAAAAAUUUUCAGCUCUUGUGCUCGGGAAAAUCAGGCUUUUCUCCCAGUGGCAUCAGGCUACAUUAUGUAGGCUCAAUUUUUCAUCGAGUAGUACCAAAUGGUUGGAUACAAGGAGGAGAUAUAGUAGCUGGAAGAGGAGAUGGGGGAGAGUCCAUUUAUGGACCAACAUUUGAAGAUGAAAACUUUUCAAUUCCUCAUAAUAAAAGAGGAGUUCUUGGAAUGGUUAACAAAGGUCGUCACAGCAAUGCCUCGCAAUUCUAUGUCACCCUACAACCAACUCCCUAUCUAGAUAAAAAAUAUGUGGCCUUUGGGCAAUUAAUUGAAGGAACAGGAGUUCUUCAAAGAUUAGAAUUAGUUCCAACAGAGAAUGAAAGACCAACUCAACAAUGCAUAAUUAUUGACAGUGGAGUUCUUCAAGCUUGA